CACCAGGUUACCCUCCACCUCUACGACCUGUCGCAGGGCAUGGCGCGGGCCAUGAGCCCUGCGCUGUUGGGCAGGCAGAUCGACGGCGUCUGGCACACCGGCAUCGUCGUUCACGGCCAAGAGUACUAUUUCGGGGGAGGAAUCCAAGUGGGCUACCCCGGGGGCACGCACUUCGGGAGGCCCAUGCAGGUCAUACCGAUGGGCGAGACGCACAUCCCAGAGGAGCUGCUGCAGGAGUUCCUCGCCGAGAUUUCCCCGCGGUUCACCAUGCACACGUACAACCUCCUGCGAUGGAACUGCAACAACUUCAGCAACGAGGUGACGCAGUUUUUGGUCGGCAAGGAGAUACCUUCACACAUUCUUUCGCUGCCCGACGAUGUCAUGAACACGCCUCUCGGGCAGCAGCUCAUGCCGUUCCUC